CUCUGUGUGACAGCGACAGCGCAGCUCACUUUAAUUUUUCUGAAACUGAAAAAAGGUUUGAUGGUGUCCCUAAAUUAGUGAAUCUAAUUGCACCAAACACACACACAAACUCCCAGGCGUAUAACAAUUUGACCGCACUUGGCCUUGACUUGUCUGUGUGCCGGUGAGGCCAAAGGCAUAAGGUAAAAAAGCUGGCGACAAAUACUUAAACCAAAGAGUUGCUGCGUGUGUGUGUGUGCAAUUUAUUUUUUCAUCCGCGUGGAGCGCAGUGGGAAUUAAAAAACACUUUGCUGGUCAGAUCCAUUGUGCGCGUGGCUCGCUGGCAGGUAUUAAUCAAACGCAACAUCUCACCUAACCAACCCCCAAUGCAACAACUUCAUCAUCAUCAACCACAACAACAACAGCAAUAAGAAUAACUCGGGCAUCGAAAGUCUUCAUCCGGAACAGUUCCUUUAUAUAAUCUGCACAACAUUUACUGCUUUUCAAGCAGCUCUACAUAUUCCAAAAAUUAUUAAUUUGUAAAUUAAAAACUUCAACGGCUUCUCAAGGCCGUACAAUUAUGGAUUUAUAUGCCAAGAGUGCCAACACAACCAGCAGCAGCAGCAGCAGCAACAACAGCAACAUCAAUGUACCCCUGGAGCAGAUAGUCACCCCCGCCAGCAUCGACAUUAUCGAGAGCAGCAGCGGAGCAGCAGCAACCACAUCCUCAGCUCAUCAUUGUUAUUGGAGCAGUGUAUCCACAACGUCGGAUAUGUGCUCAUGUGAUAGUCAAUUAAAUGCAACCUCUGCCAUAUUUGCAACUGGCAAUGGCAAACGCAAACGUCGCUCUUCCACAAAGGAUCCUGAACUUGGCUUUGAACCACCAUCGGCCAAGCGUCAACAGCGUUUGGCUGCGGUUUAUGGCAGCGAUCAGAGCAAUCAGUCGUCAGUGGCAUCCUCGGUGUACACAUCGCCAUUGACAGCGACAGGGGAUGCGCUGAAUGCGCAGGAGCUGCUUAGCAUACGUAGCUUACCCGCCGAGGAGCUGUCCGAGGCGCCACAUAGUCCGCUGCCCGACAGCCCCGACAGUCCGCCAAGUCCAGAUCGUGGUGCGAAACAGCAGCCGAUUGUGGUGCGUUAUGCGGCAGGUGAGGCGGAGCAGGCGAAGGUCACUGAGGAGCAUGGGGAUGAGGAGGUGCUGGAUGAUAGCAGCGAGGAUUACUCCUACGAAGAGGAUGAUGAUGAGGACGAGGAAAUCAAUUCAUCAAGCUCUUCACCUGCAUCCUCCACAGCCACCGGAUGCAGUCAAAAUGGUGAACGCACGCCGGCAACACAGCAACAGCUCCAUGGGCCGAGCAACGGCAAUCGCACAGUCAAAUUGAAUCCCUUGGAUGGUGCGACAACGCACAACAGCUACAAGUGCAUGUCACCGGCGCUGGAAGAGACGUUCCGUCCAUGUCCGCUGCCUGCGUUGUCCUGGGCGAAUGCUGCCGAUGUGUGGAGGAUGAUGUGCAAGCGGGAUGAACUGGAUUCACAUCUGCGAAGCAGCAGCAUGUUGGAUCAACAUCCCGGCUUGCAGCCACGCAUGCGGGCCAUACUCCUCGACUGGCUGAACGAGGUGUGCGAGGUGUACAAACUGCAUCGGGAUACCUUCUAUCUGGCCGUGGAUUACCUCGAUCGUUAUCUGCAUGGAGAACGCGAGGUGCUCAAGACGCACCUUCAGCUAAUUGGCAUCACGUGUCUGUUUGUUGCCGCUAAAGUCGAGGAAAUCUAUCCGCCUAAAAUCGGCGAGUUUGCCUAUGUUACCGAUGGAGCCUGCACCGAGCAUGAUAUCCUGCAGCACGAGAAGAUCUUAUUGCAGGCACUUGGCUGGGACAUUUGUCCCAUCACCGUCACCGGCUGGCUGGGCGUCUAUAUGCAAUUGAAUGUGAACAAUCGCACGCCGGCUUCGUUAGCGAAUAUUGGCAAACAGGCUGCAGCUGGACAAGCCGAUGAUGCCUUCAUCUAUCCACAAUUCUCGGGCUUUGAGUUUGUCCAGACAUCGCAGCUGCUCGAUCUGUGCACACUCGAUGUCGGCAUGGCCAACUAUCCAUAUUCGGUUUUGGCCGCGGCUGCAAUUAGUCAUACAUUUAAUCGUGAGACUGCUUUGCGCUGUUCUGGGCUGGAUUGGCAGACGGUGCAGCCGUGUGCUCGCUGGAUGGAGCCCUUCUUCCAUGUCAUAUCCAAAAAGGCGCCCUAUCUGCAGCUGAAUGAACAAAACGAGCAGGUGACAAAUAAAUUUGGACUUGGCCAUGUCUGUCCCAAUAUUGUUACCGAUGACUCACAUAUCAUUCAGACGCAUACAACCACAAUGGAUAUGUAUGAUGAACUGCUGAUGGUACAAAAUGCGCUGCAUGCGAUGCGUGCACGUACUCAGGCUUCGCCAGCAACGGCACUGCGCGCUCCCGAGAGUCUACUAACGCCGCCUGCCUCUAGUCACAAGCCGGAUGAGUAUCUGGGCGAUGAGGAUGAGGUUGUCGCAGCAACAGUCACUGCCACAGCCACGGCAACGGCAACAGCUGUAAGCUCAAGCAGUCGAUUGGUCAGUCACAAGAAUCCAAGCACCGGCAGCGAAAGCAGCGGCAGUAGCAGCGGAAACGGAAGUCGUGUUUAGCUAGACCAAAUGCUUUAAAGCCGACUGUCUCUCACACACACACGCCCGCCCUAACAGUUUUAAACGUUAAGUGUUUCUAAUAUAGAUAUAUAUAUAUAUACUAUGCAUAUAAACAAUAUUAUAAAUUAUUUAUGUUAAGUGAAAAGUUAUUAGUUGCCUAAUUCCAAUGCUUACAAAAAUAUUUAAUUGAAAUUUCAUAAGCGCGCUCUAUUUGUUUUUGUUUUUUUUUUAGUUUGAUUUUUCGCUCACAACUCGCUGCUCAAAUUUAGUUAUAACAAAAAAAAAAACCAAAAACAAUAACACAAAAAACAAUACCUAUUUAAAUAUGUGUAUUUAUAUAAACAAACAUAAAAUAUAUAAGUUUAAUGUCCACUAUACAGAAAUAGUAAUGGCUAACAUAAGACAAAAAUUGAAUUCAAUAUUUAAAUUAAUUUUUUUUGCUGUAUUUUAUUCAACAGCUGAAAGCCAACUUUAAGUUGGACAGUGUAUUUAUUUUAGACUUCACAAACACAAAUUUAAUGGCAAAUUGAAUACAGACACCGAGCCACUCACAGUCAGCACUCAGUUUAUUCAUUGACAUUUAUGGCAUGAGACAAAUACUAACAAUACUAAUAUAUCAUGAGCUCUAGCGCCAAGCACAAUUCACUUGACUAAUGAACUAAAAUUACUUGAUAAGUUGAGGAAAAAAAUGCAUAGAAACUAACACGACUAAUGCUGGUUGCGCCUAUUCAUUCAUUCAUUCAAACAUUUAUUUAUUUAUACAACAAUUAACAAACUAACAAAUAAAUACACAACACAGACGAUAAGUCAUACCUGACAUGGAGAGAUAAAUAUGAGAAAUGGCAAUUGAAAA